UCAAUCGGAAAGCCCUUCUUGGGGGGGGAAAGGUGAGGGUUCAAUAUCUGCACGCGUAAAAUGUUAUGAAAAUGAAAUACUGAAAGUGCCAAUGUUAAACCAUUUGGCACAAUUAAAAAAAAAUUGAAUAACAAAACACUUUUUUUCAGCCAUUUGACUCAAUGAACACUUGCAGAAAAGCUUAGAAGGAAGCCAAAAACUGCAGCCAAAGCACACUAAACCUCACCCAGAUCCUCAGAUAUCUCAAAUAAUGCGCUAUCAACAUCUAUUUGAAAAAGCUUAGUGAGUAAUCACUGAAUUUGCUUUGAUGGGAUUCACAGGAAAGCACAGGAAGAGACAGAGAGGCAGAAAGGGAGGGAGGAUGAAGGGGGGGGGUGGUGAUCAAAAUUAUUGGCUAUGAGGCAUAAUGUCUUCUUGAAUUACUGGUUUAUAAAUCCUUGGGUAAAAAUAAAUAAUAAAUUUAAAAAUUCCUUCUUGUGUUUCACCGCUUCCAUUACUCCAGUGUUUGCCUGACGUCUGAGGAAACUGCUUUUUAAUAGCCUGUAUUUUUUUAAACAAAUUUUUAUGCAUGACUACGCUUCCCUGAGAGAGAAGGAGAGAGACAGAAAGAGAGAGAGAUGGAUGGAGGGAGGAGGGAGGGUGGGGGGUGUCUUGUUAUUGACUCCUGACAGUUGGGAGGGGGGCAGGGGGUGCAGGGAUCAAGGCUGUGAGGUCAGAGCAGAUAACGGGGCCCCAGCCGGCCGGGGUGUAUAUAAGCGACCACGGAGCCCCUCCAGGCCCUCAAACUUACAGGCUGACAAGAGCUCCACCAUGAAGUGCAACGAGUCGCUGCUGCCGCUGCUGCUGUUCGGCGUGUGUGUCUACGCCGCCCCCGUGGACCCCCCCCCUUCCUCCUCGCUGGAGCCGGGCAACUGCCAGGACCCCUUCACACGGGGCGCCGCCGAGCAGGCCCUCACCAGGAUCAACCGUGACCGCAGACAGGGAUACGUCUUCAGCCUGAAGGAGCUUCGCAACGCCCACCAUAUGAAGCACGGCCCCACCGGGGUGGUCUUUUACCUGACCCUGGACGUCCUGGAGACGAAGUGCCACGUGCUGAGCAAGAGAGACUGGAAGAGCUGCGAAGUCCGAGAAGAAGCGGAGACACCGGUCUACGGCCAGUGCAAAGCCACAGUCUACAUUAACAAAGUAAAGAGGAUCGUCCGCCUGUACAGGUACAACUGCAUCGUCAGGCCAGCACCCGCCUCCAGAAUUGUCACAAUAUGCCCAGACUGCCCCUCGAUAAUCUCCCAUGACGACGCGAGUGUUCUGAAGACAGUUAAGAUGGCUCUGGAGAAGUACAACAAGGAGAGUGGGAACGCAAACUAUUUUGGCCUUCUAAACAUCACAAGAGCUUCCAUGCAGGGCGGGAUCGCGGAUUUCACCUUCGCGGAUUUCACCAUCCAGGAGACGGUCUGCUCCAACGGCACGAACGUCACCCAAGCUGCCAAGUGUGGUCUGAUGGACUGCGAGUUUGCGCACACAGGUCACUGCUCUGCCUCCUACUUCCAGUCCCCGGAAGAAGACAAUGUCAAAGUGAACUGUGACAUCUUCGAACCAGAGGAGGCGAAGAAAGAGAAACAGAGGCAUCUCCUGGGCGGGGAGCUUGACCACGGUCACAACCACACCCAUGGCGACGCCCAUAAACUCAACCACACCCUUGAGCACACAGAAGGCCAUGAACACACCCACGGCGAGGCCCAUGAACACGACCACACCCACGGACAUGGCCACGUCCAUUACCACAGCCACGAGCAUGACCACGCCCAUCAUCACGAUGACCACGCCCACGCCCACAACCACUCCCACGAACACGACCACGCUGACGACCACACCCAUGACCACGCCCACGCGCACAAUCACACCCACGACCCCGCGCACGAACACGAACACGCCCACGACCACGCUGGCAACGGCACCCACGACCACGCCCACGACCACAUCCACUACUACGGGGACCACCACCAUCACCACCACCACCACCACCACGGCAACCACACGCACGCGCACGAGCAUGACCACGACCACCAGCACGACCACGGGCACCUGCACGCUCACGAGCACCACCACCACCACCACGACCACGACGACCAGCAGAAGGCCGUGAGGGAAACACGGGGCGAGGUGCGCUACCUGCCGGACCUGGACAAGCCCGCGGUCCUGCCCUCGUUCCCGGACCAGCCGGAGCCGGAGAGACCGGCGAUCAUGCCGUCCGCCCCCGACCGGGCCGUCCCGCUGCCCGCGUUCCCCGACGCCGAACCCCCGCAGGAGCAGGAACCCCUCAUCCUGCCCUUCCCCGGCGCCCUCUCCCCCCAGUGCGCCAUGCAGCCCAAGAGAGGCGCCGGCCUCGUCGACGAGCUCUUCGCCGAGGACCCCCUGUUCAGGCCCUCGGCGGCAGCUGUGUGAACGCGCACCGCCCCGUUCUCCUGGACUGGCAGGGCGGCGCUCGUCCCGCUGCAGCGCACCGCAGAUCCUCUAUGCUCGUCCAGAUACCAAGCUCUACGUUCUUACCACCGAAAGGUACACACACAACGCAGAUCCUCUACGCUCGUCCAGAUACCAAGCUCUACCUUCUUACCACCGAGCUCAAGCUCGGUUUCCCGGCUCCGCGAAGCCGAGAAACGCUCCAAAUUCCACGCGCCUCGCGAACAUUAAUCAAGGGGCGUAACCGUACUGUGUGAAACGAAUGUCCUACCCUGUAAUACAACACUGGAACCUCCUGCUCCUGACCGGAACCCCGUGUGCCCACAGGACACAAAGGAAGCAAGAAAUAAGCAGUGAAUCUCAUUGGAAUCUCUGUGAUCACAACCAGCAGAGCACCGUUGCAUUCUGGGAAAGUAAAGCACGCUGAUUCCGGGCUGUCAUUUCAGUGAUGUUGUUAUACAGAGCAUGUUGAGUAUCUAUAAAAGAACACACUGAAUGUGUAACACAUAUAAAUAUAGUCUUGUUUCUCCAAAUAAAUAAAAAAUGUGUUGCCAAA